AUGCAAUCAACGUCAAUUGCAGCUACCAUCCAAUUCAAUAAAACGAGAACGCCAAACGUUGCAUUCAGGGCGAUACUGAGCAAAAAUCUAGGGAAGGUAACAGCAGGCAAGGUGAUUGUUUUUGAUCAGGUGGAUUUGAAUCAUGGAAACGCCUAUGGCGCUCGACAUGGCUUCUUCACCGCACCAUACAACGGAACAUACCUUUUUUCCAUGGGUCUUGGAAACCCUGCAGGCAAACCGGGAGCCUUUUUCUUGAGAAAGAACGGGAAAGGGAUAGAAUACGCUUUCGCUGGACACACUACGGGCUGGAAUAUGGGUGGUAUUACGACAGUUGCUGAGCUGUCAGUGGACGACCAAGUGUGGAUAGAAGGGGAAGGGUAUAUUUCAGGGGCUUAUGCUACGGCACGCUAUCACACUAGCUUUUCUGGUGUGCUUCUAAAUGCUAACUAA